AUGUAUCUUCAAAUCUUAAUCAAACCUUCCGAUCAACUGUUCCAACUCGUCUUGUGGCGUGACAAUCCCUCUGAAGAUAUAUCCACAUACAAACUCACUCGAGUGACUUUUGGAGUAAAUAGCUCACCCUACUUAGCGAUUCGUACCCUCCACCAGUUAGCUGAAGACGAAGGUAAAGACUUCCCUGAAGCAGCAAAUGUCUUGCGCACUCAGACUUACGUAGACGACAUUGUAACUGGAGCAGACACGGUAGAUGAAGCAAAGAACCUUCAAAAUCAACUCAUUCAACUACUCAACCGUGGACACUUUGAACUUCGAAAAUGGACUUCAAAUUCUCCCGAGCUUCUUCAGUCUCUUCCAGACACUCAUAAAGACUCUCCAGUCUUUCUUGAAAAUACACCUGAUCCCCAUUUCUCAAUUCUUGGCCUACACUGGUCUCCAGACUCGGACAAUUUUUCAUUUCAUCUCAACCUACCGCCAAAAACACUAACUAAACGUCACGUUCUCAGUCUAGUCGCUAAAAUAUACGAUCCUUGUGGAUUUCUUAGCCCAUGUACUAUGACAGCGAAAUGUUUUAUUCAACUUCUCUGGACGACCGGUCUACAAUGGGAUGAACCUCUCACUCCAGAACUUAGUGCAAUUUGGAGUAACUUUAUCUCAGCGAUACCAGCACUUGCAGACAUUCAGAUCCCUAGAGCAUUGAAAAUCUCUCCAAAUUCUAGUGUUGAACUUCACGGCUUCUCAGACGCCUCUGAACGUGGGUUUUCAGCUGUUGUCUAUGUACGAUGUUCCCAACCCAACGGAGAAGUGACUACACGUAUGGUUUUAUCUAAAACUAGAGUCGCCCCUCUCAAGAAGGUGACUCUUCCACGAUUAGAACUCUGCGCUGCCCACUUAUUAGCUCAACUCGUAAACUUCUGUUGUUCUUCAUUCAAACCCUUAAUUUCACUCAACCAAUGUUAUUUGUGGUGUGAUUCUUCAGUAACCUUGACAUGGCUUCAAACUCCAUCUUACAGGCUGAAAACAUUCGUGGCUAACAGAGUCGCCCAAACACAAGAACUUGUCCCCUAUCACUGUUGGCGUUACAUCCCUAGCAAGGAAAACCCUGCUGAUUGUGCUUCAAGAUGUAUUCUAGCCACUGAGCUUGUGUCUCACCCCCUUUGGUGGUCAGGGCCUUCUUGGCUUUCUCUUCCCCCUUCAAACUGGCCUGAUGUAACUUUUUCACCUACAGAUCUCAACAUUAGAUGA